AUAAGAAUCUUGGAUCAGAAGAAGAAGAAGAAGAAGAAGAAGAAGAAGAAGAAGAAGAAGAAGAAGAAGAAGAAGAAGAAGAAGAAGAUGCCUUGCCUCAACCUUUCUACGAAUGUCAAUCUGGAAGGUAUCGAUACCUCCUCUGUUCUCUCUGAGGCUUCAUCCACCGUUGCCAAGAUCAUCGGCAAACCAGAGGCCUAUGUGAUGGUUGUGCUGAAGGGAUCAGUACCCAUGUCAUUUGGUGGUAGCGAGCAGCCAGCAGCAUAUGGCGAGUUGGUGUCCAUCGGGGGUCUGAAUCCUGAUGUCAACAAAAAACUGAGUGCUGCAGUUUCUGCAAUUCUCGAGACAAAGUUAUCCGUGCCCAAGUCGAGAUUCUUCCUCAAAUUUUACGACACCAAGGGGUCUAACUUCGGAUGGAAUGGCUCCACUUUCUAAAUGUCUACUAUGAGCUGCAUCUGUAGUAUGUCUUAGAACUUCUCAACUUUUAUGUGCCGAGACAUAUAAGAACUUGGUAUUGCAAACACUUCGUACUUUAUCGAUUAUUAUCUGGAUUGACUUGUGGUUAUGAAUCAUGAUCAUGGGAAGAUUUUAAUGCAUACAGCUCUUGCUAUGA